AUGUAUCUCCGGUAUUACCUGAACGAGAAGGGGGAGAGAGUCUACACCCUUGAUAGUCACUCCCCCUCCGGCCAGCCAACCCUCUCAGCACACCCCCCCCGCUUCUCGCCUGACGACAAAUUCUCUGCCCAAAGGGUACAGCUCAAGAAACGCUUUGGACUGUUGCCAACUCAAAAACCGCCUCUCGAGUACUAA